ACUAGUGAAAGCGACUAUCAAAGUAUUGGUGGGGAGUAUAUAACUUCACCAUCUGUCAUCUUCACAACAGUGUGCUCUACAACAUUCUUGAACGUUCUUUCAAAAUAAAGUAAAACACUAAACGAUGGAUGCUGAAAAUAAUAAUAAUCGGCGACCAAGGAAUUUACAGGGUCUCCUUCGUUUUGCGAUGGAAGCAACCAAAGAAGAGGAUGCACCAAGCAGGGAAAAUCACGUUCACGAAAGGAUGGAUCCAGAGCGACGGCAAUUUCUGGAAAACGCCCUGAAAGCCCUCACAAUUGACGUAAUCGAACAAUUACAAACCGCUGCAGAAACCAUCGGAUCAGAAACAGCAACUGAAGAUAUGAAAGUAAACGCAAUGGAUACGAUUCUAAACUACGUUGAUGACAUUGAUACAGCCAUUGACUUCUGCAAAAUUGGUGGUCUAUUCGUCUUGUUACCUUGUCUGUGCUCACCGUAUUCCGCGAUUCGUAAAAAGUCUGCUAGGUUGGUGGCUGAAUUAGCUCAAAACAAUCCCUACUGCCAACAGCAAUUAUUAGCGGCUGAUGUGCUACCAAAACUUAUGGAUCUGCUGACUGAAAGUGAGACCGCAAUUGAUGGCAUACGAGCGAUUUCUUGCUUGGUUCGAAGCUAUGAACCGUGCUUGAACGCUUUCACAGAAAUUGGUGGUCUCGAGUGUUUAUUGGGAUGCUUACAGCAAUCGGAACAAGAAAAACUCAUUACUCGUGCGGCUUUUCUCCUAAAUUCAUUGUGUAAUGAUUUUCCGCGAAUUAAAGAUGAAUUGAUAAAGCUAAAAGUCAUAGAAAUGAUUAUACCAUUGAUCCAACCGAGUACUGAGUACAACAUUUGCCUGGAGACACUUUUAUCAGCACUAUGUUCUCUCACAGAAAGCAAUGAAGCAAUAGAACGUUGUCGCACUGUGGAAUUCAAUUUUGCGAGCACGCUCGAUGAAAUUAUAAAAGUGGCACAUGAUAAAGAUGAGUGCAAAGAAAUCGUUGAAUACAGUCGACUCCUCUUGAAAAACAUCUUUGACUCUGAAAAGGACGGAGAAAACACAGAUCGAUAAACUCCUGAAUAUUUGAUUUUCAACCAAUUAUUCUGAACAAUUUUCAUAAAAAUUAUCAUAAAUAAACGUAAAACAUCAUUUAAUCAAUUGAAAGAAUAUAAAACUCUUUUUUAAAAUCAAAUUCAAACAAUGGUCCAUCAUAUUUAUAGAGAAAGUGUCGAAUAAUUAAUAUUUGGUAUGCAAAUCUAUUGACCGUGAAUAAAAAGUACAUUUAAUGAGAAAUCGAUACAAAAA